AUGCCCCUACAGGCUGCUCCAGCCCCCACACCAGUUGCUUUGCCACCUCAAGAGUUAGCCUCUGCUGACGAGGAGAUCUUGGAGGAAGAAGGUUCAGAAGAGGAGAUAUUGGAGGAGGAAGCCUCUGAGGAGGAGAUCUUAGAGGAAGAAGCUGUGGAGGAGGAGAUCAUCGAAGAAGAAGCCGUAGAGGAAGAGAUAUUGGAAGAGGAGGACUCAGAAGAGGAAAUAAUUGAACAGGUCAUGUUGGAUGACAUCAUGGAAGAAGGAGAGGAGGAGCUGUCGGAUGAGACAGCAGAAGAAGCCUUAACAGAUGCAGUGCCGUCGGAGAAACCAUUGGAGGAGAGGAGCAAUAACGAGGGUCUCUCCGAGGAACGGAUCACGGCCCCUGUAGAGGGAUUGGCAGAAGAUAAUGCAAUUGCUGAGGAGGAGGUUGUGGACGACGGAGAUUUUCCUGGAGUUCGUCAGGUUAGUGACACCCCAGCUGCCUCGGUUCAGGGAGAGGCUCCUGUUGACGAAGCAGCUGGUUCAGGCGGAAGGAUCCUGGAGAAGGAAAAUGUUGUAGAAGAGGAAGUGCUUGAGGAGUCCUUUGUGGAGGAAGAGUCUGCCCAUGAAGGGGAAGAAACGAUCUCUGAAGAACACACUCUGGAGGGGGAGGAAACCAUUGAAGAAGAAGAGGUCACACUUGAGAGAGACGAGACAGAACAGACUCUUGAGGGCGAAGAAACCUUAGAAGCAGAAGAGCACACUCUUGAGGGCGAUGAAACAAUCGAAGAAGAAGAGCACACUCUUGAGGGCGAUGAAACCAUUGAAGAAGAAGAGCAAACUCUGGUGGAAGAGAACGAAGAGGUCACUCUCGUUGAAGAGGACACAGAGCACACCUUGCAAGAAGACCAGGAGGAGCGCACUCUUGAGGUUGAAGAGGAUGCAGAGCACACCCUUGUAGAGGAGGAGGAAGGAGAGGAAGUUGUUGUGGAAGAAGAGCAGGAAGAGCACACUCUUGUAGAAGAACAUGAAGAUCAUACUCUUGAAGGCGAGGAAACAAUCGACGAAGAGCAAACCCUUGAGCACACUCUAGAAGGCGAAGAAACGAUUGAGGAAGUUGAAGACGAAAUUGUAGAAGUGGAGGACGAGCCCAAAACGCAAAUGCUGGCGGCAGCUUCAGAAAAGGCACCUACCCCUGCACCGGUUGCAAAAGAGAAAUCAGAUUCAUGGCAUCGCAAUCAAGCUGAUGCUCAUAGUCAGGAAGUGCCCUCGGAGCGAGGUGCUGUGCCCACUGCAAUCGAGGUCCCUUCAAUGCCCCAAGUUCGUUCUAGCAUGGCUAAAACAACCGCUUUGGCACGUUCGACGGGAAAGCAGCACGUUGAUUCUUCUCUAUCCAAACAGCCGCAAAAAUCUUCGUCUCGACGUGAAGAUGGAAGUGAUGAUGCUUCAGGGCCAACAACGGUGAAAGCAAAGACGAAACAUGCAACGACACAAGGCAGCGGUGGCGCUCCAACAAAAGCAGCAGCGCCUCAGCCUGGACCGGGUUCUCUUGCCGAAGCAAAACAGCCUUCGUGGGUGCAGCGACAGCAGCGACCAAGACCCAUAACAUCACCGUCGCCUUCCUUGUCCUCAAUAUCGACACUAGAAAGCAGCAAAGGGACGCUGCCAACGAAAGAAUCUACAGUAUCACAGGAGCAGAAUCCAAGAAGACCACAAGCGCAGCUGUCAUCGCGGGAUUUGGCUGGUUCUCAACGACCUUCUUGGAUGCAGCAGCGAGAGCAAAUGUUGCACUCGUCGAACGACAAAUCCGCUGAGGAUACCCCCAAAGGCAAAGACACGGAAACCCAGCAGCAGACGGCACCAAAGAUGGGAAGGCCUGCACUCGCCGAGUCACAACGGCCGUCGUGGAUCCAGCAGCGUCAACAGGCGUUGAAGAAGUCUGCGAAACAAGAGGCGCCAAAGUCAGGUGAAAAAGUUACAGAAGCCAAACCACCAACCAGAAAAAAGUCAGUUGAAAAAGUUACAAAAGCCAAACCACCAACCAAAAAGUCAGUGAAACAAGAGGCGCCACAGUCAGGUGAAAAAGUUACAAAAGCCAAACCACCAACCAAAAAGUCAGUGAAACAAGAGGCGCCACAGUCAGGUGAAAAAGUUACAAAAGCCAAACCACCAACCAAAAAGUCUGUGAAAGAAGAGGCGCCAAAGUCAGGUGAAAAAGUUACAAAAGCCAAACCACCAACCAAAAAGUCUGUGAAAGAAGAGGCGCCAAAGUCAGAGGCGCCACAGUCAGGUGUACAAGUUACACCGGCCAAACCACCAACCAAAGAUCGUGUGGCGUCACUGGCUCAGGCGCAGCGUCCUUCCUGGGCAGCAAGGAAGCAGCAAGAACAAGCAGAAUCGGAAAAGGCUACCGUCACCGGUAAGUCGCCAGCACCAAAGACAGGCACAGGAGCUCUUGUGGAAGCACAGCGACCUUCCUGGGUUCAACGGCGACAACUGUCGAAGACUUCCCUGAAACAACCCGAGCAGGCAGCGUCUGCGACCAAGGAUAAGAAGUCAACAACGGAAGCUCCCAAAGAGGCGAGACCGGGCGCUUUGGCAGAGUCGAAGCAGCCAUCGUGGAUGCAACGUUCAUUGCGUAGAAUGAGCGAAUCGGGAGAUACCGCCUCAAACCCUGGAGUAGCCGAUUCAAAAGAUUCACAGCAAGGCCCCAAAAAGAUUGGACCAAGUUCACUCUCGCAAGCUCAGCGACCGUCUUGGGCGCAUCGUUCCAAGGAACAAAAGGACAAGACAGAAUCUUCCAAUGUAGCAGCAUCCGAGGCUGAGAUGAAAGAAUCUAAGCGUCCCACCAAACCGGCCACGCAGAAGGGUCCAGCAGCUCUUACCGGAGCACAACGACCCUCGUGGGCACAAAGGCGGCAGCAGUCGGAAAUUCAGGAGCAAACUGGCGAUGAUGCCUCCACACCUUCAGCCAAGGAAAGCAGGCGUGCUCCGUUGCCAAAACAGAGCGCUUCCAAGGCUGGUCCAGGAUCCUUGAAGGAAGCUCAACGACCAUCUUGGGCGCAGCGGCAGCAACAGGUGCAGCCUGGAGCAAAAGAGGAAACCGAAACAGCCCCCUCCAAGCCCUCAAGAGUUGAUGCUCUCCCCGAAGCCAAGCGGCCUUCGUGGGCCCAGCGUCGACAAGAAUCACAAAAGCAGGUCAAGACGGAAGAAACACCGGUUGCGACAUCCAAAUCACAGGAUCCCGCUGCGAAGACCGGUUCAGGAAAGCUCUCCGAGUCUCAACGUCCUUCUUGGAUACAAAGACGAAGUCAAAAAAACCAAGAUUCCACCGGACAAGGUGAUGCCAAACCUGUUCAGAAGCCUCUCGUGGAAGCAAAGCGCCCUUCUUUUGCGCAACGAUUAAAGCCAAACAAACCGCAAGAGGAAAAGAGCGACACGAAACCUCUAGGUCCACGAGGCUCCCUCUCCCAAUCACAGCGACCAUCUUGGAUCCAACGACAACAACAGUUGAAGCCUCAAGAGCCGAAUGAAGUUGAACAGCCAGUGGCACCAAAGCGGCCCAGCUUCCAGAAGCAGGGUAGCGUUUCAAAACGGCCAAGCUUAAAAAAGCAGGGAGAUACUAAAAAACGGCCAAGCUUAAAAAAGCAGGGAAGUACAACAAAGCGCACCAGUGUGAAGUCCGGCGAAGGCAGAAGGCCGAGUUUACAGAAACAAUCAAGCGUGUCAAAGCGACCAAGCUUGAAGAAGCGCACCAGCAUUCAGAAACAACCAAGUGUACAACGUCAUCUUUCUGUAACUUCUGCAGCCUCUGGAGACUACACGGACGAGUCCUAUGAAGAAUAUGAAGAUGAGUCAAUCAUUGAAGAAGAGUACUACGACGACGACGAGGAAGAAAUCAUCGAAGAGUACUACGAUGAUGAGUCGAUAUUUGAGGAGGAGGUCAUCGCCUAG